GUUGUUUGUGAAGCAGCAGAAGGAGGCGGCCGCCGCCGAGGAGGGAGACAGCUGUGUUUCCAGCCGUGCUGAGGCCUAUUUUGGGGAGAGGGAUUAUUUUGCUGUUCGGGGAGCGGGAGGAUCAUGUCCACUCCAGCCAGGCGGAGGCUAAUGAGAGAUUUCAAGAGAUUACAAGAAGAUCCUCCUGUGGGUGUCAGUGGCGCACCAUCCGAGAAUAAUAUAAUGCAGUGGAAUGCAGUCAUUUUUGGGCCAGAAGGUACUCCUUUUGAAGAUGGUACCUUUAAGUUAGUAAUAGAAUUUUCAGAAGAAUAUCCAAAUAAGCCUCCAACUGUUAGGUUUUUAUCGAAAAUGUUCCAUCCUAAUGUGUAUGCAGAUGGUAGCAUAUGUUUAGAUAUCCUUCAAAAUCGCUGGAGUCCAACAUAUGAUGUCUCAUCUAUUUUAACCUCAAUUCAGUCGCUGCUUGAUGAACCCAAUCCAAAUAGUCCUGCCAAUAGUCAGGCUGCACAACUUUAUCAGGAAAACAAACGAGAAUAUGAAAAAAGAGUUUCAGCUAUUGUUGAACAAAGUUGGAAUGAUUCAUAAGAAAUGACUUCCUUCAUUAACUUCAUCCACAUAAUCAUCAUGUACAAUUUAACUCGCGAUAGGAAAUGCUACCAGAAUUUCUCAAGUGCCACGUUUGACUUGCAUACAGAUGUGUUUGCAAAAAAGCCCUUCAGUUUCAAAACUCUAAACGCUUGUGUACCUUGAUUAAUGUACUUUUUAUUGCAUGUUAUGACUUAAGU